CCCGGGACUCUGGACUCCAGCGACGUGUCGACCCCACCCCCGUGUGGGCCUGGCAGAGUGCUCAACUCGGGGCUGGAGAAUCCGGAGGAUCCUGAGUGAGAACGAGGAGAAAGUCGCCCUGCGCGCCGGGAGAGCGCAGGACCCGCCUCGGCUAGCAGCCGGCAGACCGGGGAGGCGGCGAUUUGUGUGCAGCUCGGGGCCGGGACCGCCCGCGGCGGGUCAGCGGGAGGCAGGAGGGAGGCGCCGCAGCCGGGACUCGACGUCGCCGCCCGCGCCGCCCGCGAUGGGAAGUGCCUUAUAAAGCCGCAGCCCGUGCAGUCCCACAGACUCCUGGCGGCGCCGCCCUGAGCGUGCGGGCCGCACGUAGCCGCCCCAGAGUGCGCGCAGAGCUGCGGCAUAUCCGCGGGGCACCAACUUCUCCCCCACGGGGACUCUUAACCGCCGUUGCGGGGAUCGAGCGCGUCCCACGGAGAACCCCUGAUCGCUCCUGCCAGGACCCACUCUGCCCAGGCGGACCCCAGGCGGGGGCCGAGGGCGCCCCCGGCGGCAGGGGCAUGCGCCGCCCGCGGCAUGGCCUCGGCGGUGUUUGAGGGCACGUCGCUCGUGAACAUGUUCGUGCGCGGUUGCUGGGUGAACGGGAUCCGCAGGCUCAUCGUCAGCCGGCGCGGCGACGAGGAGGAGUUCUUCGAGAUCCGCACUGAGUGGUCGGACCGCAGCGUGCUCUACCUACACCGCAGCUUCGCCGACCUGGGCCGCCUGUGCAAGCGCCUCCGCGAUGCCUUCCCUGAGGACCGGUCUGAGCUGGCGCGCGCGCCGCUGCGGCAAGGACUGCUCGCCAUCAAGGGUGCACAUGACAUAGAGACCAGGCUCAAUGAGGUCGAGAAGCUGCUGGAGACGGUCAUCAGCAUGCCGUGUAAGUAUUCCAGGUCUGAGGUUGUACUCACCUUCUUUGAAAGAUCGCCUCUGGAUCAGGUGUUAAAAAAUGAUAAUGUCCAUAAGAUCCAACCCAGCUUUCAAAGUCCUGUUAAAAUAUCAGAGGCUAAAGAAGGCACUGGAGCUCUCAGAACUGGAGUGGUAGACGGUUGUGAGCCACCAGAAAUCAUGAGGUCCAAUGGAUUUUGUUUGGCAAACACAGAGACAAUAGUCAUUGAUCACAGCAUACCCAACGGGAAGGACCAGCUCCUGGAUGCAGAUUCCACAGAGCAUUUGUUUGAGAAUGGUGGUGAGUUCACCUCAGAGCUGGAAGAUGGUGAUGACCCAGCGGCUUAUGUCACCAACUUGUCCUAUUACCAUCUGGUUCCAUUUGAGACGGACAUUUUGGACUGAGCCUCUCCACCGGGCCUUCUCUGCCUCCAACCUCGACUGCAUGUCCUCAUGCUGUCUACUGUGCCCCCACCCAGGGCCAAAGCUACUGCUCAGCCUGGGCCUCCUAGGGUCCUGAGGUUCAGCAGGCCUGGGUGUCUAGAAAGCGGAGGCACAAGGGUUCUCGAUGACCACAGGCAGCACUGAGGGGCCUUCUACCUGCGCUCAGCCCCGCCAGCCUGCCUCUUCUGGGAUGCCAGGCCAGGCUUCCUCUUGGCUCACUGCCGACUUGGGGAGCAUUCCUCUUGGUCACAUGGCCCUGACUCCCCACUCCUCUUGUGUGUCAAAGGCACAAAGCAUUUCAAGAGGAUUUUUGCUAAGUUACCAAGUUCUGGACCUCGUGGACUUCCCUAAGAAGGAUGUGUGGCUCUUUUUUAUUUUUGUCUUUACAACUGCUCCCUGGAAACUGGGUUUGGGGUGAGCCGGAAGGAGUGUUUACACAACAUCAAGCCUGGAGAAGAUUGCUGGCUUCAGGGAGGGGAAAGCAUUCACGGUCCUGUGCUUAUGAACCUGAUGUAAAGUUUUCUUCCAGAGAAGAGAGCGUCCUCCUCGCUGCCAGCACCUGUCAGCUCUUCUGCCAGGUGGUGAUGCGGUCACCACUGCCUAGGGUGCUCAAAGUCCCUCCCCUGCUGAACUCAAUGGCACAAGUGCCAGGAUGGAUCAGAAAGGAAGGGACGGGAAGGAAGGAAGGGAAGCUUACAGCUUGGACUACAGAAGGUCUGGGUCCUGCGAGCUCAUGUCCUUCCUCACUGUGUCUACUAACGACCAGCACUUGCUAAUGUAAAUAAUAGUAAAUUAUUGAGAAUUCUAAUUCUUUUACACAGUCUGUUUUUAAUCUAUUUUAAUUAAAUAAAAUCUA